CUAAUAUCCAAGUCUGCUGAGUAUCUAGAUAGCACAGACUAGUAUUCAAAACAUCACAAAAUAGUAUCCAUAUAGCAGAUACCAACUAAUAUUCACAAUCAACCAACUAGUAUUCAAUAUGGACACUCUUAUGUGUUAUCUAGAUACUCUUAUGUGUUAUCUGGAUAUUAAUUAUGUGAUGUAUGGAUACUAUUUUGUGUUGUCUAGAUAUUAGUUUGUGAAUUUGGGAUAAUAGUAGUUGAUUCAUGGUGGAUAUCAGUUAGCAAACUUUGAAUACUAGUCUGUGCUCUCUGAUUACUUUAGUACUUGGAUACUAAUUCAUAUAUUUUGAAUAUCAAUUAGUAUCUACUAUCUACUAACAAAUCUUCAGGUUAGCAUAUUAACUUUGGGAAUUGAUAAACGUCGUCUUUAAAAUUACUAUUGAUCGUCUAAAAAAUAACAAAGUUACACUUUAACCUUUUGUCAUCUUUAGCAAAUAAACAUCACUUUAACUAAAAAAAUGAAAAACACUCAAUUUCCCACACUCUCGAAUUCAUUGUUGACAUUCUCGAGUCGUAAUCGUUGGGAAUACGUCCGAAUCAUGAGUAGCGGCUCUGACGAGGUAAAAACUCGAUAUUUUUUCAAAAAAAACCCAAAAUCCCUAAACCGAAGCCAAUUUUCAGUUGUACCAUGGCUCAACCUAAGGCAAUUUUCGGUUGUACCAUGGACCAACCGAAAAUUGCCUUAGGUUGAGCCAUGGUACAACUGAAAAUUGGCUUCGUUGAGGGGUUUCGGAAUUUUUUUGGAUUUGUUUGGUUUAUAUCAAUAAUUUCCUAUUCUUUUACUACGAUUUAUGGUUCGGUCCAUAAGAUAAUUUGUUGGAUUUUGGUUUAUAUUUUUUUAGAUUUGUGGAAGGAGAGGGGUUGUUUGUUUUGUGUUUGAUUUUGAAAUUCAAAAUGAACAAUUCGGUAAAUUACAUAUUAAGUUAGGACGAUGGUUAGUAAUUUUUAGGACGACCUUUAACCAUUCAGUUAACUUUCCCCACCCCUACCAAUCACCACUCCUCAUCCGUCGGAGAAAGGGAGACAAUGAGCGGGAGAAUCAAACUUAAAAUAAAAAAAUAUAAACAAAUCGGGAAAUUGCGCCGUGGAAAUUAAUUCCUGCCAAAUGCCAUCACUCUUCAGUCCAAUCACCAUUCCAGCAAUAAAAGCGACGAGCCGGACAGUAAAACUCCAACUCUCCGAUCACCUUCCAUGGCGAGCUCUCCUCAGCAGCAAGUUCCCCUCCCCGAAGCCGUGGAGGCGCUCGUGGCCAAAAUCCGCAACGAGCAGCACCAGCCUGCGCUCGGACUCGAUACGAGGCGGCUGCUGGCCGGAGUCCCCGAACAAGUUUCCAUCGAAGUUCUCAGCCAGAUUCGCGGUCACGAUAUUAAGAAAUCGUUCGACGGCUUCAUCAUCUACUUGCUCCGGCAAAAGUCGCAGUCGCCGUCGCCUACGAAACGCCUCUGCGUUCCUUCGUCGACGUUCCAAACCCCGACUCCGUCGCCGCCGCCGCCGCAGCAGCAGCAGUUCGCUAGCCCUACUCCGUCGGGGCGCAUGACGGAAUAUCGAGUCGGUCAGUCGAGUCCUCAACCGUUCGUUCCUCGUGGAAUGGAAUGCCGAUUACAGUAUCCUCCGGCUUCGAAUGGAGGAUCAGCUGCGCCGAUGGAGGUUCUGAGGGGGUUGGAAUUUAGGCAGGCGUUUCUCAUCUUGAGCUAUCUCGGGGAAGAAAAGCUGGACGAGAAAAUGGCGGAUCGAAUCAGAGAGAUGAGAGGUUGGGGUUUACCGACGACAAUGAGAAGUUUCGAGGAGCUAGUUUGGAAUGCUAUUGGCAAGCACUGCCUUAGGGAUGAGAAGCAAUGCAGGAUAAAGAAUGUUGAUUGGGAUCCCACCAAGCCUCAUGUGUACCACUGCAUUGUGGCCCAUACCCAUUUCGAUAAUCGGUUAACUAUCACUUUCAAGGGGCCGUACGUAACCAACACGAGAAACUUCCUGCAAACAACCAUGGGCGAUGACAGUGUUUUGGUGGUCAAGUUUAGUGAUGGGCUUACAAGAGAUGGCAAGACAGAAAAGUGCAGUGAGGAUUGCUAUAAAAAGUUGAUGGGUAUCGCUAGGGAUGGGAUUCAAGUUGGUCCGCACCAUUUCCGGUUUUUUGUGUUCAAAGACGGAAUGAAGGAAGAAAAGAAAAAAGAUCCAGCUAAUUCACCUGUGAAGUGCUAUUUUAUCCGCAUGGAUGGCUAUAGAAAUUUCAAGUCAACUCGUGAAGCUAGGUCUUUCUUUAUGCAUCUAGACACUUUGCCAGAUCUAUCCAAGUACAUGGCAAGGCUUUCUCUCGUUUUGUCAAAGACCAUGAAACUGGACGUGCCACUGGCAGCUGUGGAUGUUAGAGUGGAAGAUGACAUUUCUUGCAGGGAUAAAAACAAUAACGACGUGCAGGAUAAGAAAGGGAACCUUCUCAUACAUACAGAUGGUACAGGGUUCAUAUCAGAGGAUUUAGCACGACUAUGCCCCAAUGUAUCUCAAGGGAGGUGUCUUGAAAGUUGGUUUGGAGAGAAUCAGGAAGGGAACUUCUCAGGAUCUCAAUGCAGGGAACCACCUUUGCUUAUGCAGCUGCGCCUUUUUCACUAUGGAAUGGCUGUAAAGGGAACUCUGCUUGUUAACAAGAAGAUUGGACAUAACACUAUUGUUGUUCGGAAAUCCAUGGUUAAAGUUUAUAAGGAUCAAAAUCUGUCAGAUAAUCCUACUGCAAAUUCACUGGAGAUAGUUAACACGAGCCGUCGGCCAAAUCCUGCUCACCUUUCAAGAAAUUUGAUUGCACUACUAAGCUGUGGAGGUGUUCCACAAGACUUCUUCAUGGACCUCUUGAAUAAAGAAUUGCAAGAUGCACGAUCUGAUGGAUUCAAAAGGAGCGCUGCAGCUCGAGCUGCCAGCUUUCAUUAUGAGAAGGAAAUGAUUGUAUCUGGGAUUCCCUUUGAAGAAUCAUACUUGAACUUUCGUCUUCCUGCAUUGAUGGGUGAAGAGAACAAAAGGCUGAAAGCGGGAAAAUUUCUUUUGCCUGACUCGUACUACUUAAUGGGGACAGCUGAUCCAUCUGGAGCUUUGAAGGAGGGUGAAGUUUGCAUAAUAUUAGACAAUGGACAGGUUUCUGGAAAGGUGUUAGUAUAUCGGAAUCCUGGCUUGCAUUUUGGUGAUGUCCAUAUUUUAGAGGCAGUCUAUCUGAAGGAAAUGGAAGAUUACGUAGGCAGUUCCAGAUUUGGAAUCUUCUUCCCUACUGAUGGGCCAAGAUCCUUAGCCGACGAAAUGGCUAAUGGUGAUUAUGACGGGGACAUGUUUUUAGUGUCAAAAUAUCCUCAGCUGCUGGAGAGUUUCAGACAGAGUGCACCGUGGGAAGCCAAUUCUUCACUGACCAAGUCUCCGAGCAAAGCACCAAGGAGCAUGUCUGAUGAGGAGUUAGAGAAUGUGCUUUUCCACAGUUUCUUAAAAACAAGAUUUCAGCCAAGUGCCACUACAGGGAUGGCGGCUGAAAGCUGGCUGGCAAUGAUGGACCGGUUCUUAACUCUGGGAUGUGGAAGUACAUUUGAAGCCGAAAAGCGUGAGCUGAGGAAGAAUAUCCUGCAAGUGAUCGACAUAUACUACGAUGCCCUGGAUGCACCGAAAAGUGGAGCUAAGGUCGUACUUCCACCAGAGUUGAGAGUGGACUUGUUCCCGAACUUCAUGGAAAAGGGUGAAGAUAAGUCUUACAAGUCGACGUCCAUCCUGGGACUAAUAUACGAUGAAGUGACGAAGUUCGAAGAUAGGGAUGAUGUGCCAGUUAGCGAAAUCGUGAAGCUUCCAUGCUUUGCGGAAGAAGCUCCGCGAGAACUCCUCGAGGAGUGGAAGAUGCUCUACAAUGAAUACAGGAAAGAUAUGCAAAUCACUUUACAGAAUGAAGCUGACAAAAACGCGGCUGCUGAUGAAGUCAUCGAGAAAUACAAACGGAUCUUCUACGGCCAAACGAGGGACUACUAUUCGAGUGAGGCUGGGGACGUCUACAAAAGCAGAAAGAAGGAAGAUUUGCCGGUCAUCGAGGCUGUGGACUUCCAUACGACCAAAAAGAAGAAGGAACAUCUGUUCGUCGGGGCUCGAGCGUUGUAUCAGGUUGUUUACGAUUACGCAGAGUCGCAGAGACGCAAGGCAAGUAGCAUCAAGGAACAGCAGUCCGCCAUCAGGUUAUGUGGGUUUGCAUGGAGGGUUGCAGGCACAGCUCUGUGUGCAUUGUGCAUAUCGAGUCGCGCUGAGAAGCCCAUGCUGUGCUCGGAGUCUGCUUUCAAGGAAAUGUUUGGAAGAGCUUGAAGAGAUCUCUGGCAAGUAAGUAUGCUAUAACCUAUAACCUAAAUGUAUAGGCUUUUGUGUAUGUAAUGCCUGUAUUUUGAUGUAUUGUAAUGGUAGCAGGAAGUAGAACUGCUGUAGGAGUAGGGUAUUUUGGCUUAGUAAACUGAUGAUGUGUCUAAGCUCUAAUGACGUCUAAUAGCGGUCUGACUACUGAAUUCAUGUAAGAACACUGUGGAAGAAGAAUUCAUGUAAUGUUAGAAUACCGUAUGUGGUUUGCAUACUAUUCUUGUUUCUAGUUAGGUGCUAUUUAAGUUAUUGGAACCUCCCGCUGCAAGUAAGGGUGUGCAACGGUUCGGGAUCGGAACAACUUAUGAGAACUGCAGUCCAUUAUUAAAAAGACAUUUUAGGAUUAAGAACUAGAAACAAUCAUUGCAUUCGGUCCAUUUAGUUCGGUUCAAAUAUUAAUUCGAUUCAUUUUUUUUUUCUUCGGUAAUUAUAAAGUUUGUAGAAUCAAAGACUGGACUAUACAUUAUACUUAAUUCAGUACAGUCUGGUCAAACACUGAUUUUAUCCGGUGUGAUCUAAUACGAACUAGACCAUUGCACACCCCAAACGCAAGGGACGGGAUACGGUGACAACCCCUAAGGGUGUUGUCAAAUUCACAACCCACUUCAUAGCCCUUCGAUACGUUCUCUCUCCUGUUUCUUUUUUCUUUUUUUAAAUUAAUAGUUAAGAUUAAUGGAAGGGUAAAAAUUUACCACACCCAAUCAUUCACCCUACCAUAUAAAAAGAAAAAAACCCUAACUCCUCCAUCCUCCCUCUCUCUCUCCUCCCUCUCUCCUCCCUCUCUCCCGUAGCCAUCACUGUCUCUCCUCCCUCUCUCGCAGAGCCCUCCGCCAUCUCCACCGCCGGUGUCGGCGCCCCUCCGCCUUCAGCCACCUGUCGAGUCUUCAACCGCCAUCUCGUCACCGCCGGCUCGUUGCAACGUCCGCCUCCCACCACCGCGGCACAAUCAUCCUCUUCCCGUCGGAGCCCUCUCGCCGCCUUUCGUCCCCCACCACUGCCGCCGUCGCAAGGUCACCCUCUUCCCCUACCUCUCUCUCCCGUCACCGACUCCCCUUUUCUAGAUCUGGUUUUUUAGUGGUACCAUUUUUUCUGGUAGCGUACCAGUGAUAGUGGUACCUACCACUACCAUAAGGUAGAUGAUAGUGGUAGCGUACCACUAUCAUCUUUUUUUUUGUGUUAUUCUCUACUGGUAUCGCUACCAAUGCUAGUGGUAGCGCUACCAGUGCUAGUGGUACAUUUAUUCUCUACUGGUAACGCUACCAAUGGUAGUGGUAGCGUUGUACUGGUAGCGUACCACUAGUACUGGUACAUUUUUUAACGCAUUGGUAGCGUACCACUAGCACUGGUAUAUUAAUUACCAGUAGACUAAUGGAUUGGUACACUUUUUAACGCACUGGUACAUUUUUUCAGGUUGCCGGAGGGAGUCUGUCGGAGAGAAUUCGCCGGAGAAAAAGUCUGUCCGUCGAUGUGGAGUGGCCGUUGGAGAAAGGAAGAGAGAGAUAGAUAGAGAUAUUAAUGUAUAAGAUUUAAAUUUCAAAAAAAAUUGUAUUUAAUAUGGAUUUUUAAUUCCCAAUAUAAUUAAUACACAAAAGGUAAUUAAUAUAUUUAUUUUUUUCCAUACCCAAAAUAUCCUUGAUUGUGAAUCUGACAACCCCCUUAGGGGUUGUCACCGUAUCCCGUCUCCAAACACAAUGGUAUCACUUUUUCUUCCAAACAUAGGCUUUGUCUUGUUUGUCGGAGGGCAACUAGUCUUAAUUCGUUUCACUUUUUCUUCGUUUUCCACGGUUUUACUUGGUAAAAAGUUGAUUAGGGAAGCCAAAAGUCUUAAACCCCAAGUGGGUGCCCUAAUCUGUUCAUUACAUCAUGGAUGUCUCAAUCCUUAACCUGUGCCUAAUUGUGCACUUCUACUGUUGAUUACCACUUUACCUUGGAAAAAUGGGAACGUUCUGAUUGCUUUCGUUUUUAAUCAGUCCCCUGCCAAUAUUAUAACAGAGAAAGGAACAAACCCAAUAAACAUCAAUCAAUUUAUCCACCACCACCUUCUUCCUAUUCCUAAAAUCCUAAUUGAGGAUAAGAAUUCUUAGAAAUGAAUUAUCGCUUUCUUUAUUCCUAUCCCAGUCCCAGCCAUUUAAAACAGGAGAAAAAAAAGGGAGACAUAAAGGACAGCUAACCAACUGGCCACUUCAUUAGUGUUUUAGCCGUCGGGCAUGUUCAUUAUAGUGCUUGGACCAAGGUUGUCAACUCGCAGGUCGAUCCGCGGGUUGACCCACUUUGACCCUGACUCAGUGAAAAAAACGGGCCGCACGCAUUCGUCGGGUCGACUGCCACAAGGUACUGAGUUGGAGGUCAAACUGUAACGUAAAUGUAAUCUUAAUACGGAUUCCAAUCAGCUCAACUCCAUUGUCUAUUCACAAUUCCACUUCCAUAAAAAAAAAUGAUUAAAAAAAAAACAAUCCCGUUAUUUAAUUACAGAAAAAAAAUCCCAUUAUGUGGAGCCUCGCACAUGCAGCCCACCGGAGGCGGCGCUUCGUCCCUUCUUCCAUUUCCGUCCGCGUCAAAUAAAAUAAAAUCAACGGC